AUGAUGAAAAUUGAGGAAUUUUAUGUCCCCUCUAAGACUCGCAAUUGUGUCGAGAAUUACUUAUAUGUAUUCGUUUCUAAUACAGCAAAGUCCAAGGCUAUGACAGAAGCUGGUGGAGAACGUGGUUUAUGUGGACCGAAUUAUCCGAAGUAUCUUAUAUUUACGACAAAGUCCUACAUAUGUUUAGCUUUCCAUACCUCAUCUCGACGACCUCCCAUUUUACCCGGUGUGAAACCUGGAUUUCGAGUUAUUCUUACUGCAAUUCAAGGAACUCGAAAUAGUAGUUGUCCAUCAAGCAACUUUUACUGCAGUGCAGUUCCUCGUUUCAUGGGGGCAAAUUCUAUGAUAACAUCAACUUCACUUAGUGCAGAUAGCCGGUUGUAUGGAUCAUUCUUAUCUCCUCCUCAAUAUAUCCGUAGUUUAGAUGACGACAGAUUUCCACCUAAUCAUGAUAAACAAUAUAUGGGAUAUUGUAUUACAAAGAAGAGUUUAUGCGAUGGUAUUGCGAACUGUGAAGAUAGGAAAGAUGAAGAUAUUUCUCAUUGUCAAGCUUUUAUUGGUAAUCUUCAUUGA